AUGUCAGAUAUUCAUACCAGCCUAGAAUGUAAAGUGCGAAUAUCAUUCUCCACCUGGGAGUCGCAAAACACCCGUCUUCGUGCCGCUCAGAUUCACCAAGACGAAAUGCAAACCAAAGUUGAAGAAGCCUAUGCCGAAUAUUACGAAUUUCAAGCUGAAAUGGCUCCUCCCCACAUCAUGGAAUCUGCUCAAGCUAGAAUUAACAAUUUUGCCACCAAGCUCGAAGCUGCUCAAUGGGAGGUAUCUAGUGCGACAGCCGCUUUGACUAGUGCGCAGGUACAGUACGAGAAAGAUUAUAGAGCUUGGGAGGUGGUGAAUCAAUGA